AUGAGGCAAUAUGACAGUCUAAGCGUCAGGAGGGCGAAGGAAAGCGAGAGCAUCGCUAGCUAUAACAAGAAAGUCACCUCGCUGAGCAGAUUUUCAAGUCGAGAAAAUAAAGCAAAAGAUUUCAAAAUUGACAAAUGGAACGAUGAAGAUAAGCUGAAGCUGUGUGAAAAACGGGUUCUGCACAAGGCAGUUAGUGACAAGAAAAAGAUGCCGACUCUUUUGAGAAGGGUCCACACGAAGCCACAUGCUAGUGCGGGAACACCUACCACACUGCCCAGGAGUGAAGAACGGUGUGGAAGGAUGAACAGGGACAGCCCCAAGGGGUGUAACGUGUAUAGAGCUCAAACAAUGACAAAAACUAUGGCUCGUAGCAGCAACGUGAAACGAAUGGAAAUUUCGGAAACCGCGGGGGUUAUCACCAAAUUAAGCCAGAAAAAGAAAGACACGUUGAAAAAAAGAACAAAGGGUGAAGUACAAGAGGAUGCAAAGAACAGCAGUAAGGAGCCAGCGCAAAUGGGGAAUGAAAAUCCCAGGGAGACUUCCCAUACGGAGGUACUUAACAAAACCCAGUGCAAUCAAAAAUACUCGCCCAAUGUGUUAACGACAAAUACAAGGAGCGCAAAAGGGAUAAUUUUUCAAAACGCGCACAUUUCCGCUUGGGCAAGUAAAACGAAUGAACGUGGCAAAAUAAAUUGCAAAAGGAGUAACAGAGAUAAUAGUAUGCCUUGCAAAUUUUCGGAGUUCACCAAAGGGAUAGAGAAGCCUACUCCGAAAAACAGCGAUUCAAAAUAUUUAGAAGGAAUUUUUAGACCUCCCCAAAUGGCUAGCUUAUCAUCUUAUGGCGUAGAGGAGCAUUUUGCCCAGCAUGCCUUGUCAAGCAGUAGCGAUGCAAAUGGUAGAAGGGAGCCGGGGGGGAAGCAUGAACGAAAAGGUAGCCAUGUGGAGGGGGCUUCCCCAAACAAGCUGAUCAGUCAUUUUGCACAUAAUCCGCAGGACCAUCCUCAGUCCCAUCCGCAGAAUCACAGUUUCAUAGAAAAUUCGAAGGAGAAUAACAUAAGAAGGGAGGACAAUCACUGUGUCAUUCGGAAGGAGGACAAAAGUGGAUAUAUUCCAAUGUGGGACAUAAAUAGCCACAAAAUUAUUGACACAGAUUUUUUUCUUAAGGCCAAAGGUAGGCGUUCCCUCACAGAAAAAAAAAAUAACCAAUACACACAAAAGGAGAUUACCCCACAUGAGCAUCUUCCCCCUUCGAUUAGCCAAAAGGAGGAUGCAAAGUUCAGCGCGUAUAGUUCCAACACGGCCGAUUUGGACAUGAAAAAAAAAUCCCCUGGAAGGGAAAUUCCUACCAAUGUGUUAUUCCCUAAUGAGAGAACCCCAUUAGAUGCAUCAAUUAAGAAAGUGCAAAAUUCUGAACAAGAAAAAAAAGGCCUCAAAAAGGACCAUAUCUAUUUGCAUGCCCUAGGUAGCACAAAUUACCAUCGGGCUAAUUGUGCCAGCCAUUCGAAUUAUAACGAAACUAGGCUCUGCGAAAAUAGGUCUUUGACAGAUAUCAUGUUUAGGGGGAAAAUAAGAAACGAAGGAAAACUCAACACAUAUGGUGGAGGCCCUUCUAAAGGCAACUACAAAUUGGAAGAGUCAUCCACGGUUUAUCACACAAGCGGUGUGAACAGUGUCAAUUGUAUGGAACAGCCCAAAUGGAUGAACCUCCCAUAUAUACAGAAAAAGAGCUCACGUAAUAACGGAGAUAUUAUUCAUGCCAAUAGAAGUACCAAAAUUUUGACCUCCCUCGAGAGUGAUCAUCCCCCCUUCACUUAUAACAACCUCACGCAUGACAUUUCCAAUCAUAAGUUGCCGAGAAGGAGCGGAAAUAUCCACCUUCGCAGUGUGACGAACACAAACGAGUAUUUUAAGAAGAGUGCUGGGUAUGUCGAUAAAUUCAGUGUGGAUAAAUUCAGUAGGGACAAAUGCCGUAGGGAUAAAUGCAGUAGGGAUCAUCUCACCGGAUCGAAAUGGCAAAGUGGUUAUAUAUGGACAAAUCUUAGUAGCCGGCAGGGAGGGCGUGGAACCGAAGUCCACCACAUUUCCCGGGGUGACCAAAUUAGGAGCAACAUCACCGCCGAAUUGGUCAGUCAUGGGGUUGGACCCUCCACGUUGGCAACGCAUAGAGAUUUACUUGCCAAUUCGGCAUGUCGGCCAAGUGAAUCGUCCUGUUUGAGUGGCAACAGUGCUGGAUUUCCCAAUUUGAGUAGGCCCAAUUUGACGAGUCCCGCCUUCCCCCAUGUCCAUCCCAGUCAACCGAACCAACCCGAAUAUGUAAAUGGGAUCCCGCACCUCUUCGAUCCUUCCAAAAUGACGUUAAAAGAAAACCAUCCCAUUUGCACUACGAAGAUGACUAAGGCAACACCAAAUGAACCCCCCCAAAUUGGCCGCGCUGAUGAGGUUAGUCAACAGACAUACAGUGUGUUAAGUGGGCCCAUAAAUACGACCCCAAAUCAUUUCCAGGCCUUUAAAAAAAUAUACAUAGAUCACAGUAUGAGCGAAAUAAAACACAUGAACGGCUAUGUGUUAAAGGAGAGGGAUCCUAAUGUCGACUCAGGCGUGUCAACAUGCAUCUCGCAGGCUAGUGCCAGCACAAUGGAAAAAAUGGGGAUAGAAAGAUUCCUAAAAUGUGACCAACCCCCGAGUGUAAAAAAUGAAAAAAAUUUAAGCGAAAUGCCAGUGGGUGGGAGUGUGCCCCCAAUGAGAGGCUAUUUUCCGAAGCGGGUCUUAGAGGGUAUAGGGGGGAAAAGCCGUGAAUUGAGCGGUCACGUCUACAUGGAAGGGAUUCCUAACGAACCCACCCUCGUGGAUGAUCCCUACGUGGAGGGUAUUAACAUCAGCCCCAACGGGGCCAUGGUUCACAUUCGCACCUACACAAGUGGCGAUGUGAAGGGAGACGUGUGUAAAAAAAACGAACUUUGUAAUAGUAACCUCUUCACUCCUAAAGACAAACACGAUUCUGAGGAUAAAACCAAAAGGAUAAACAUGGUAAUUCAUCCUAAUGGUACUCUUAACAAUUUUGCAAUGAAAAAGAAGCAGGGACAAAACAGUCAUGACGAAAAUGUGAAUACCGGUAAGCAGGCACCAGGACCGGGACAGCUAACAAGCGACUCAUUCUAUAAAAUCCCACUUCGAAACAAAUUCAUCAGUGCGAGUAGCACCAGGGUGAUGCCAAAUGGUGAAGUGCGCCACAGCAGCAAUGUGUUUUUCCCGCCUCCAGUAUGCAGAGGUGUGUCUAAGAGCGUAUUGGGCAGUAAAGCCAGUUUGUCCCUCUCCCGUAUAGCAAAAGAUGGUGCAGUAGCUGCUGGUGAUUUUGACAGGAAAGCGGAAAAGGGGCCCCUUCCAUAUGGACUAGCUCCAAGCAGCAUAGUUAAGGCGGCCCCAGAAAAAUAUUUAACCAACGCGCGUACCCUUCUAAGUAGCAAACGAGUCGAUGAUACUACCCUCCCAUUGCUAAGUAACGGCACUGAUAGAAGCAUCAUGCAAAAUCACCCCUCUGGGAAGACGCAAAACAGGACAAGGGAAUAUCUGCAUGAUGGAGCAACUCCCCCGUACGAGGCGGGAACAACAUUGACCGAUUUGAAUGCGACAAAGGAGAUCCCCAACAGAAAUGGAUUGCCCGUUUGUAAAUCAAUUAGCAACAGUGAUAUAUACAACUACUUAAGGAACAAGCACCCAAAAAGUUUGACGCAUUUUCACCGCACAGUAUCCUACAGGAAUCAGAGCUUGAAAAAGGAGAAAUCCCUCACAGUUGUGUCGCAGAAGGGGGGCACCAAUGCGGUUACCAGUUCGAGGGCAAAGGGGAAAGUGUUGGACGGCGCCAAAUUUUGCGACCACGCCAAAACGAGGGAACAGCUCUUGGACGCUGUGUUCGAAGCAGACUCAAAUCACACCGUAAAAAAGGCAGUCGUGAUUGGCUGCAACUACAUGAGGGAGGAAGAAGGGGAGAGGCUCUACGGGGCAGUUAACGACGCAUACAUUUUCAGUAGAGUGUUAGUUAAGUACUUCGAUUUUAAACCCGAAAAUGUUCUGUUGUUAACGGAUAGUUUACCUUCAAAUGCGUACAUAUAUGAAGAUUUUGACAUAAAUAGAAAGAAGUACAUAAGGCAGGGAGGUAGCCAAAACACAACAAAAGAGGAAGAAAGGAAAAAGAAAAAAAAUUUAUUUCAUGUGUUCAAUACGAGCAGCAUAGGUAGUCAUGAAAAACACGGUGCAGAAAUAGAUAAGUGCAAUUCGUGUAAAAAUUUCACUAUUAAAAAUGUCGAUUUUUCAUCCGAAGGUAUCAGCUUCCAUUUGUGGCCAACAAGGAUAAACAUUUUAAAAGCUGUAAAUUGGCUAGUCAGAGAUUCCCUUCCACUCGGUUCAUACGUUUUUUAUUUUGCGGGGAAGAGUGUGCAAGUGGAUAAUAUGAGUGGAUGGGAGGGGGAAGGUUACGACGAAGCUUUUCUUUGUUCCGAUCCCUUUAACCGCAUGGUAGAACAGAACGUAUUGACAGCUAUUCAGUUGAAAGAUCUAUUGUUAAGUAUAAAUGCCAGUGCCCAAAUGACUAUCGUGCUGGAUUGCUCAGGUUGCCAAACUAUUUUAGACCCAGCUGGGACCGAGAAUUCUCUGUCUUAUAUAAAAGGUUGUAAGCAGAAGGGCAUAUGGCCGAUUACGAACCCGACCAAUAAGGUACAUAAAGCUAUUUACGAUGUAACCAUACUGAAUAAUGCUAGUAUGAAAAAAUAUUUUUGCAAAUCGAGGUACCAUCAAUUGGUAGAAGUAGAAUCCACGGCUGCUAUGAUUGACCCUCUGCUUCAGUCCAUUUCGUCGUUACCCAUUGCGCCCAAGGCUUACUGCUUCUGUGCAUCUACGUGGGAGCAGAUUUCCAUAGAGGGGUUGUUCCCCCUUAUGGAGUUCGCUCGCGUUACACAGAUUAAGGGGAUGGAUACGUUUGUCCACACGGAGGAGAAGAAGAAAGGCUGCAAAAAGAAAGGAGGUGGAAAGGGAGAGACGGGUGGAGAAACCCUCAGCAAGCCAGACGAAAAUUCACCCAAGAAGAGUGCCUACGAGAAAAAUUUCAGCUUCUCGCUAAAUGUGGUGAAGAUGUUUUUUAACAGUAGUAUCGCGGGAGGUAGCAGCGGUAACGAACAUGCACAGGGCGCGACUUCCCUUGAGAGGCGGCAGAAAAACUCGCACAGUGGAGAAUGCGGUAGUGGGACUGCAACGAAGGAACCUGCGUGCGGCGAAACGGGCGACCACGGCGACGAUGGAGAACAGGGGGACCACCGCAAUAACAGCAACCACAGCGACUGUUCCGAGGAUGCCCCGUGCAGCGCAGAAGGAAGCGAGGUGGAGGGAGAAAAUGAUUACGUACUCGUCAGCCACGGAGUAUUCACAUACUGCCUAGUUGAGGCCAUUAUGGAAUUUAAAGAAUCACAAUUGAAAAAUAACAUUUCGGAAAGGAAAAAUCAGCCCCUCCUACCAAUGACUUUAAAAAACUUAAUAAUCCUUGUCCAAAAGAAGGUGGAAAAUGUAAAAAAUGAGAAAUUAAAAAGAUUAAAUCAAAAACCAGAAUUUACCAUCCACCCAGGGGCUAAUGCUAACAGUAAAAAUUAUUUUAUCCAUUAUUGCAAAAAUAUACAAUUUCAAAAUUAUAAAUUUAAUUUUAUAAAUGCGGACCUGUCUCCUUUUUUAAAUGUUAACAAAGCGUGGGAAGAAAUCAACAGGAAUACCCUCAAGAGUAGGAAGUCCCUGUCCGUCACGACUACUCUGAUUAAUUCGGCAUCUUCUAAAUAUUUCUCCGAGACAAAUGAGCAGAUGAAAAGUUGCUACUCAAUGAGGUAUUAG